AUGCUACGGCAGAGUCUAUGCAGAAAUUCAUGGAGAAGAGUAUCAGAUAAAAGCAAAACAUCCGUCGUAAAGAGCUACGAAGAAAUCGAAAAAGAAACUCGCCUAUCAUUCCAGAACAAAUUCAAUAUUUCGAGCAAAGCGUCUGAUCUCAAAGCGGAUUUGAUCAACAACGAACAAUGGUCAAAAAGUCGCGAUAUGAAAAUGGUCCCUCGUCAGCGUUUCGCUUAUGCAAUGGCAUUAAUGGGAACUGCAUUCUUCAUCAUUCUCGUGAAAGAGCUCGUUCUCGGAGUCAUUUGCUUUAGAAUGUUGCGCAGAGGAUUUGCGGCAUCUCGACGAUCAGCCGGAUCCCGGGCGCUGAACAUCGUCUCGCGGUUCCGCACUCUUGGCGCGCCCAAGUGGGAGACUGUGCCUAAGCGAUGCCUGUCUGUUACGACAACACGCAUGCUCCCCGCGCACGAAGUCGUUGUUCUGCCUGCACUUUCGCCGACAAUGGAAACUGGCACUAUCAAACAAUGGGAGGUGAAUGAAGGAGGCGCCAUCGAAGAGGGCGACGUCCUGUGUGAAGUCGAGACUGAUAAGGCCGUCGUUGCCUUUGAAGCUGUUGGUAUCGAAGGAUACCUCGCCAAGAUUAUCGCUCCAGACGGAACUAAGGACAUCAAGGUCGGCGAGAACGUUUGCAUUGUUGUUGAAAAUGAAGAAGAUGUUGCUGCUUUCAAGAACUGGACUCCCGGACAGGCUGCCUCCACCCCUCCACCAGCUGCUCCAUCCGCCCCUGCUCCGACUCAGGCUGCUCCAGCUGCUAAGCCAGCAGGUAACUGGCCCAGCCACGAAGUUGUUGCUCUGCCUGCUCUUUCCCCCACUAUGGAGAGUGGUACCCUUUCCUCUUGGGGAAUCGCUGUUGGCGAUGAAAUCAUCGAGGGCGAAACUGCCAUCGCUGAAAUCGAAACUGACAAGGCUGUUGUUACUUUUGAAGCUACCGGUAUCGAGGGAUUUGUUGCAAAGAUUCUCCGAGCAGAAGGGGACAAAGAUAUCAAGCUCGGAGAACCACUCUUCGUGAUCGUUGAAGAAAAAGAAGACGUCGCCAAAUUCGCCGAUUUCACUAUCGCCGACGCUUCAGGUGCUGGUGCUGCCCCAGCUGCCGCAGCUCCCGCUGCUGCUGCUCCGGCUGCUGCCGCUCCGGUUGCUGCCGCUGUAGCGACCACCGGUGCUGCCGUCGCCUCCGGUGAUCGCGUUUUCAUCUCCCCUCUCGCCAAGAAAAUCGCUGGAGAACAAGGCAUCGAUGUUAAUCAACUUGCUGGUAGCGGAACUGGACCCAGAGGCCGUGUAGUCGCUUCUGACGUCAAGAACUUCACUCCUGCCGCCGCACCUUCUGCUGCUGCCGCCGCUGCUCCAGUUGCUGCGGCUAGCGCUCCUGCGACUUCAGUUGCUUCCACCGGAGAAUACACCGCGAUCGACGUCACUAAUAUGCGACGAACUAUCGCCAAGCGUCUUUCCGAAUCCAAAAAUACUAUCCCACACUAUUACCUUACCCGAGCAAUCAACAUGGACAACGUUCUUGCUCUCCGCAAAGAACUUAAUGCUAUUUCCGACUCCAAGAUCUCCGUCAACGACUUUAUCAUCAAAGCAGCUUCUCUUGCAUGUUUGAAGGUCCCAGAAUGUAAUAGUGCCUGGAUGGGAAAUAGUAUUCGACAGUACAACGUUGUUGAUAUGUGUGUGGCCGUCGCUACACCAACUGGUUUAAUGACUCCUAUAGUUGUCGAUGCUCAUGCCAAGGGCUUGUCUCAGAUCUCAUCAGAUGUCAAGAACUUGGCAACAAAGGCCAAGGACGGCAAACUGCAGCCACAUGAGUUCCAAGGCGGUACUUUUACGAUUUCUAACCUUGGAAUGAUGGGCAUCGAUCAUUUUACCGCUAUUAUUAAUCCUCCUCAAGCGUGUAUUCUUGCCGUUGGUGCAAGCACGCAAAAAGUUAUUGUUGACGAUUCAACUGAAAAGGGCUUCCGAGCCACGACAGAAAUGAAAGUCACCUUGUCUUCCGAUCAUAGAGUUGUUGACGGUGCUGUUGGCGCUCAAUGGCUUAAGGCCUUUGCUGGAUUCUUGGAACAGCCCAUCACCAUGCACCUGUAA